AUGAGCCCCCUCGACAUUCUUCUCGUUUUGUUCUCCCUAAACCUCCGCACGACUCGGGCGGCAGCCUCCGCAGACCUGAUAACCGCCUCCAAAGACAACUCCCCCAGUUGCGGCUGUUACGAGAUCUCAUCCGACUCGUCGCCAGUAUACUUCACAUACCACCGUUUCUACGACUGGCGCAACCUCGCCUCCUCUCCAGAUCAGUUCACCAGCAUACCUCCGUCGCUAGAGGAGGAUGAAGACCUGGGAGCAGAGGAGCUCGCCGACACAUACCAGGAUGUGCUCAACGGUACGGAGUGGAAUCAGGACUGGGGUAUCAUGAGUUGGGGCAAAGAGACUACGGUGGAGGCGCCUGUAAGGAUGCAGAACUCGGCUGCAAAUGUGUACAUCGCACAGCGCAACGCCGCCAUACCCAACACCUCCGCCUCCGACGUCGAAACCCCUUCCGAAGACAUCGAACCCUACACCACCCACCUUGCCCUCCGCACCACCCGCCACCCCACCUUCCAAUCCACCGCCGAGAUUGAGAACCAGCAAAAGAACCUCCUCCACGCCUCCGUCCGCUUCCGCGCGCGCAUAACUGGCGACCCAGGCGCCGUAGCCGGCCUCUUCACCUUCGUCGACGACACCAACGAGUCAGACAUCGAGAUUCUAACCUCCGACGCUGCAAGCACGAUCCGCUACUCGAACCAGCCGACCGUGGACAGCGAGAGCGGGGAGGAGAUUCCCGGGAGCAGUUUACCCGUCACGGGGCUAGGGAGUUGGCGAGAGUGGCGGACGCAUCGCAUUGACUGGCUGCCGGGGCGGUCGACGUGGUAUAUGGAUGAGGAGCUGGUAGCGAGGAGCGAGUACAGCGUCCCACGGAAACCAUCGGGGCUGGUGAUGAACCUGUGGAGUGAUGGCGGGAGCUGGUCCGGGAACAUGAGUGUGGGCGCAGAGGCGCUGAUGCAGGUGCUUUGGGUGCAGGUUGUGUUUAAUGUCUCGGGGCCGGUGGGAGGGAUGUGUGGGGAGGAAGGGUGUGAGGGUGGGAAGAGGAAGAGAGGAGAGGAUGGGUGCACCGUGGUUUGCAGGGUGGAUGGCGUGCAAGAGGUAGGAGUUCCAGAGGUAGCAUUCCGCGUCUCCGCGGCAAGCAUAAGGCUUUCUGGUCCUGGGAGCUGGAUCUUCGUCGUUGCGGCUGUGAUGGUUUCUAUACUAGGUCUGUAA